CAAGCCUUGGCUUCGGAACGAUCCAGCACAACCGAUUUCCACGCUGUUACCAGCAUUUAUUUUCUUAUCUCGUGAACAAGGAAGCACUUUUGUCUUGGAUUUUGAUCGACUAUCAAGCGGAUGAAAACAUUGUUCGAAUAUAAUGGAUUCAACGAGGAUACUAUUGCUGAUCUCACACACAUUAGCCACGUGGGGAAAUGCCUUGUGGUCCUUCGCCAUCGGGCUCUACUUCGUCAUCCUUUUGCCCGGGUCACUGUCUUUGACAGCCGUGUAUGGACUCGUACUCGCUGUAUCAGUCCUGCUUCUCGGCAGCACCAUUGGCUUUUGGAUUGACCACACACCUCGACUGAAAGCUGCGAGAACGGCUUUGCUUGUGCAAAAUGGGUCGGUGGUGAUUUGCGCAGCCGUGUUGAUCGCGCUGCUUUCGUUUUCUGCGCAAUGGGAGGCCCAAGGUCUGCACAACCUGGUGAUUGUGUUUCAAGUGAUUGUGGUGCUCAUUGCGGAUGUGGCUUCGUUGGCUGCUGAGAGUCAGAGGCUCAUUUUGGAGCGCGAUUGGAUCGUUGUCAUUUCUGGCCAGGACCACGCUGAUUUAGCAAGAAUGAACUCGUUGUUCAAAAGCAUCUACCUCAUAGCUGGAAUCGCGGCUCCGUUUCUGGUCGGCUCUGUGAUGAGUUUGUUAUCGCCGUUGACAGCAGCAGUAUUCUUAGCAGCCUGGAACAUCGUGUCCCUCACCAUUGAAUACAUUCUCCUCAUGCUCAUCUUGAAGAAAGUCCCUCAGCUAUCUGUUCCUCGUUCUCAGGAACGGAAAAUCAGCGAGAACACCCCACUUCUGCACAGCGAAAAGGUUGAGGAAGUUGCAGGAUCAGGCGAUGAUAAUAAAGAGGAGCCACAUCAGAAGAAUUGGUUUUUCGCUUCGCUUGAGGCCUGGAAGAUUUAUUUCACACACCCUGUGUUUCCAGCAGGAUUUGGAUUGGCGUGUUUGUACAUGACCGUUUUGGGAUUUGACAGCGUGACAACAGGUUACAUGUAUUCCCAAGGGGUUCCAGAAUGGAUGCUGGGAGCAACUACAGGAAUCGGAUCAAUUUUCGGGAUCAUCGGGGCAACAAUUUUCCCUUGUUUUCGGGCCUGUCUUGGACUGCCUUUAUCCGCCAUCACUGGAUUCGCUUUGCUAAAUAUUUUGACUUCAGGUGCAAUCGUGGCUUCGUUUCUUCCUGGGUCACCGUUUGAGGUCUAUACAGGUUUCAUCGCACCCAGCAACGCUUCAACUAACAGUUCAGCACCCAGUUUACCGACUUUGCCCAUUGAAGAAAACAUGUCGAUUGGCACUUUUAUUGUCUGCCUUGUCGUGGCGAGAACAGGACUUUGGAUCGCCGAUUUAUCAGUGACUCAAAGCAUGCAGGAAACAAUUCAGCCUGAACUUCGUGGAGAAAUUAAUGGCGUGCAGUCGUCCGUUAAUCACUUGAUGGAAGUCAUUAAGUUCGGCCUAGUUACAGCCCUUCCGAAGCCACCAGUCUUCGGGUAUCUGAUCAUCUCUUCGGAAUGCUUCACCGUGUUUGGGUGGGUGUGUGCGAGCUACUUUGCAUGGAUGACGUGGCGAAACAGUCGCCGGACCAAAGACUUCUAUCAGACGAUUCCCGGGAUUUCUGCAGGAAUUACUGACGAAAAGUCCAAUAAGUGUGGUGAAAUUGGCAUUGUAAUAGAAGUCGCACUGCCUCAGGACAGGGCAAGGACAGUCUCAGGGAAGAAAAGCGCGAAAAAUCGGACGGGUGACUACGGCAGUUACGUCGGACUUCAAGAAAGCGAUACGACUGAGUGACUCUGGUUUUUAAAAAUGAAUUGCUUUACUGUAUUCAUAUUUGGAGAAAGAUAUAUAACGGUUCUUGUGGAGA